UUAAUUAAAAUCACCAAACUUCAUAAAAAACAAAUAAAAUAAAGAAAAUUGUUCUUCUUCUUCUGCAUCAAAUAAUCGGUUCAAAAUCUCCGGCGAUCAUAGAAGAAACCCAUUGUCCUUGGGGGAUCGGGGGAAACCGCCAUGGAUGAGACCUAUUCGUAUCUAAUGCAAAUCCUGAAGAAGCCCUCUUUUACAGAGACAUUCGUCGACGUCUUACUCUGCGCCGUCCCGAUUUGGCUCGCCGUCAUGAUCGGUCUUUUGAUCGGAUGGUCUUGGCGUCCGAGAUGGACCGGGUUGAUCUAUCUAGGGUUCCGUUCUAAGCUUCGGUUUCUGUGGACUGCGCCUCCUGGGUUCGGCGCUCGUCGUCUUUGGCUUGCUUUCACUGCUCUCUCCGCUUUCUCCGUUUGCCGCACCGUCUGGUCGAGGCGUGACACGUCAGCUAACAAAUCGGGGAAUGGUUCAGCGCCGACACAGCUGGCUCCUGUAGAAGAGAGUCCUCAAAGUGAUGAAACAGGGGCUAGCGAUAACACGACGGUGAGAGAGGAGAUUGUGACAGAGAAUGAUCUAGAGCAUUUGCUGCAGCUGCUUGAAGUUGGGAAUGCGACUAGGGAAUGGCAAUCCAUGAUGGACAAGACUACUCCAAAUAUGAGUUACCAGGCUUGGCGCCAUGAGCCUCAGACAGGUCCUGUUAUUUACCGCAGUCGAAGUGUGUUUGAAGAUGCAACUCCAGAUAUUGUUAGGGAUUUCUUCUGGGACGAUGAGUUUCGACCCAAAUGGGAUUUCAUGCUUGCCAAGUUCAGAACUUUGGAAGAGGACACUCAAACAGGAACUAUGAUUGUCCAGUGGAGAAAAAAGUUUCCCUUUUUCUGUAGUGACCGAGAGUAUAUCAUUGGCCGGAGAAUAUGGGAGUCUGGAAACAAGUACUACUGUGUUACAAAGGGAGUUCCUUAUCCAGCAUUACCAAAGCGUGAUAAGCCAAGGCGUGUGGAGCUUUAUUUCUCAAGUUGGGUUAUCAGAGCAGUUGAAUCCCGUAAAGGAGACGGACAGCCAACGGCUUGUGAAGUAUCUCUAGUCCACUACGAAGACAUGGGGAUCCCAAAAGACGUAGCAAAGUUAGGCGUCCGUCAUGGCAUGUGGGGAGCCGUCAAGAAGCUACACUCCGGUUUACGAGCUUACCAAACCGGUAGAAAGUCAGACUCGAGCCUAUCCCGGAUCGCCCAGAUGGCAAGAAUCACCACAGUGCUUGACAUGGAUUCUACAGAAUCAUCUACAAGUGAUGAAGACAGAAGCAGAGCAAUGGGCUAUGCGAGAAGGCAACGGGACAAUCUGAGAGUGGACUGGAAAUGGGUCGUUGUAGGAGGUGUUGCAUUGGCUUGUGGCCUUCACACUGGGGUCAUUGGUAAAGCGUUACUGGCUGGAGCUGGCCAGAGACUUGCUCGCCGGUGAAGAACCUUGUCGUAUUCUUGUUAUUAUUAUUGUCCCUUGACUGAAAAAAAGAGAAAACGUAUACAUAUAACUUGCGGAAAUGUAUUCUUUCUUGCGACUCUGAUGAGCAGGGCAUGUGGUUUUGAUGGUGAACCAUGUAGAGUAGUAGCUUCAAGCUAUGGAGAGUGAGAUAUGUAUUUUUUUUUAUAAAUUAUAUGAAUUUACAUUAGCUGUUAAAAGCU